GGGUCCCCGCAGCGCCGCGCACGAGGCCGCGAUUUGCUUGAUGAGCGGAGAGAAAGAUCCCCUGCCGACGACAGCGACGAGGAUGCCCUGUCGCCCAGCUUGGAGGACGAAAGCGAUGGGUUUCCAGCGUCGUCUCGUAACCAUGGCAACCACUACAGAGCGACGCCUCACCUGGACGCCAGCGCGUGUCAUUACGCCGAGUCGCCGUCAAAUGACGCCGCGCUGGAGUCGGAGGCGAACGUCAGUUGCCAUGAUGUUGCAUCAGAAGGGUUCACGGACACCGAGCUGCACCCUGACGACGAUGCGGAAGGGGAGAAGAAGGACAAAAGAGACGACAGCGAGGAAGGACAGAUGGAGGCAGGGGACGACAAGAAAGACAAAGACGGGAAAGAUGAGGACAAAGGUCCCGAGAAGCCCCCGUACAGCUACAACGCCCUCAUCAUGAUGGCCAUCCGCAGCAGCCCGGAGCAGCGCAUGGCCCUCAGCCAGAUCUACGAGUUCAUCAUGAAGAACUUCCCUUACUACAAGGGCAACAAGCAGGGCUGGCAGAACUCCAUUCGCCACAACCUCAGCCUUAACAAGUGCUUCAUCAAGGUCCCUCGCCACUACGACGAUCCGGGGAAGGGGAACUAUUGGAUGCUGGACCCGGCUUGCGAUGACGUGGUCAUCAGGGGAAACAAACUCGGUCGUCGGCCCAAGUCUGUUGUCCGCACUAAGUGGUCUCACCUCUGGAUGGGUGGGUCUCCCAUGGCGUCCGCAUACUCUCGCUACGCCUUGGCCGGAAGUCUGUCCGCUGGGGGACUGUAUCCUAGUCAUCAUCCAAUGAGCCGCUUCCACCCGUAUACCGCUCUACCCCACCCUGGCUUCUACCCUACCAAACUGACCGCUGCGGCGGCAUCCGUCAACGCGGUCGCAGCUGCUGCUGCAGCAGCUGGACUAACCACCUGGCCACAUGCGGCCAAUCCUGUAAGCUAUCUUAGCCACAUGCCCGCCACCCGGGGUGCUGCUAACCCCGCUGCGUCUGUGAUGAUGUAUCCAGAAUAUGCGGCAGCCUACGCAGAACACUUGGCAGCCGCGGCUUCUGCCGUACCCAAGCUGUCAGCGAAGGCGCUCAACUUCUCCGUCGAGAAACUUCUGGCUGGCAACGGCAACGGUGGUGGCGCAACGGACCUCCAGGCGGAAGCCAGGAAGAAAGGUAUGGACGAGGUCAGGAAGUCACUUCCGGUCACUCCGGUGCCUGGGUCUCCCACCUCCCCAUCCCGCCAGACGCCACACGCCACUAAGCCAGUGUCACCGCUAACGUUGGUGGCGUUGUCGUCGUCAACGUCUGCCCUCAGCCCCGCGACCCUGACGACGGUGGGUAGGGGAGGUCUCCAGGUGCGCGACAGAGGUGCGCAGGCGACCCCGACCUCGCACGCCUUCUCUCCCUUGUUCCUCCAGUCCUCCUCGGCCGCGGCGCUGGCGUCUUUGUCGUCUGCCUCUUCUUCUUCCAUUUCAACAUCCUCUUCCUCGUCGUCGACCUCCGCCUCUUCGCUGGUGUCCGCGGGAGGGUGCCUGCCGUCGGCGUUGAGCGAAUUUCACAUGUACCCUCCUCUCCAAGCGGGUAGGGGCUAUCACCAUCACAGUCCCCACCCCGCUCACCUGUCUGUCAUGGCAAUGCCAGUGACCGCAGAACUUCACAGCAGAGACUGCAGCAGGUAGCCGUCAAAACGACUUUUUCUUCCCUUAGUUAUUUUUUUCUCAUUUUUUUUUAUCACCAUUACUACUUACUGACAGGUUCAGUGAGUAAUGUAAACAAGAUUUACAGUGCGAGUCAACAAUACCACACAAUGUGUACAUUUAUGCCCUAACUUACAGUGCCGUUCAGUACAACCAGGCAAUGUGUACAGUUUUCUUUUCAUUAUUAUUAUUUUUGUUUUGUUGAUGUGUGUGAGUGCGUCUGACUUCAACAGAACCAGAUCAAAUAUGUACAGUUAUCCACUCGCUACAGUGAACCACUCAAUGGCCACAUCGAUAUUUUGUGAGGCUUUGAUGUAACAAAAAAAUGAAUGUUAAAAAAUGUGCUUGUGUUGACAUUAAAUUAUCCAGUGAUGUGGAAAAAAAACUGACGAAGGUCUGGCACAUGCUACAAAUUUCUCUCAAAAUAUUUGUGCCCCAGUGAAUAUUUCUGGAACUCAAAGGAACACCAUACCCAUCAAACAGUGUAGUCUCUAGUGAUGUGGGUUUUUUCCCCUCUAGUGUGUUUAUGUGAGCUUCGAUGUCACUUGGUAGGUUCUACCGACACUGUGCAGCGAAUCUGUUGAUCCUACAACGACUCUAACCAGGUGGACGACUAAAAAAAAAAAAAAAUAAAUAAGUAAAAAAAUAUAUAAAUCUGCCUACAGUGUGUAGUGAAAAGUUAUUGCAAUCUACAUGUUUCCAGCUUAGUUAUAAGUAAUAUUGUAGAUUCGCAAGUAAGAUAAAAAAGAGUGUGUGUGUGUGGAUGCAAAAGGUGUGUGUGUGUGCUCUCUGAAAUGUUCUGGAGUUUUAUACACUCGUAAAAAAAAAAAAAAAAACUCACGGGUCGUCGGAAUGGUUUCACUGUCGUCUGAUGGCGGUAAAUGUUUCUCUCAUUACCGUUGCCCAAACACCGUUUCACUUCAUUAUAGUGAAACCACGACAUAUAAUAAAUUUUUCUUUGUUGUAAUGCUAGCAUUUAUAAUGAGGAUCGUCUCUAAAAUGUGAUUUUUAGGUCCACUGGCAAACAUCCACAAAAUUUAUAUCGAUUGCAUAAUGGCUCUCAUCUCAUUUUUAUGUUAACCACGACUAAUUAUUCAGUGAUUUCCGUGUUACAUUUGCAUGAGGAUGGUUAACUCAACAAUUGUUAUUAAAAUUCCUGUAAAACAUUGUGUUUUUAGGAUUAUUUUUAAUAGUCGUCUAUUGCUUGAACAAUUAUUUCUACUUUAAUUUAUUCCACAUAAAGACACGAGACAUAUAAAAAUUAAUUAACUUUGCCUCUUUGUGAAAGGAGCUAAGCUUUCUCUUUGUUUAGUUGAGCUGUAGCAGAUAACUUAGAGAAGGUUCUGAUAACUAAAUGUAUUUUCUCUCAUUUUAUUUUAUUGUGGCAAUCUUGAAAACCCGCUGUUUCUAAAUUAGGAUGAUAGUAGGAUUAUGAUAAUUGUGACGAAGCGCAGAUAAAUUUUAAAUAAUUAUUAUCUAAUUACUAAUGUUACUAUGUUUUGUUUUAUUAUUAAAUUACUACUAUCAUCUUGUCACAUUUUUUAAAAUCUAGGCCCGCGGCAGGUUAAUUUUUUUAUGGUCACCAGAUUACCGCUGCUUAAUCAUUUUAUUGUUGGGAAUGAAAAGAAAGUCAUUGUGUAAAAGUUUACUUUUUAUGCAGUGUGUAGUUUGUUAUAAUCUUCCAUUGCUAUUUUAUUGCCUCUUGCACUUGGGAGAGUUAAUGUUUUAAAUAUUUUUUGUGUGAAAAAAAAAAAUCUGUCGUUUAUUCACGGUGCUGUCUGAAAACCCUGAAAUAUCUUUCGACAACAUAAUGAACAUGGUGAGCUAAUUUUGUGCCCAUCAUAAGGAAUGAAUGAAAAUAAUUCGUUGACAUUCUUCUCCUCUUCUGGUACAAAUGCUGCUAUUAAUGUCCCAACUAUAAAUAAUAAUGAUUAUGAUGAUUAUUAUUAUUAAUGCUUAUUACCUUAGUUCCCAUGUACACCUUUCAUUCUUUCCACAUGUGCCCCCCUCCCAUUCUGGUGUGACAGUAACAAAGCACUUGUUUGUUUGAGUGCAUUCAUUAUUGUACAUUUUUACACACAGGAGAGAGGGAAGAGGGAAAAGAACUGGCAGAAUGCGGCCUUUUUUCUUUUGCCGUGUUACCUGAUCUUUCUGAGAAAUGAAACUGUGUGAAAUGGCAAAUUAGGUUGCUGUUUGCAAAGCUUUUUUUUUUUUUUCAUUGGUGUCACGGGGUGAAUGUUUGGAAAGCCACCCAUCAUUCAGUUUCAAGGCAUAAUAUCAAUAAAAUGCACGUCUUGUGCUAGCACAUUUUA